AGAAUCUCUUGGUAAUAACAGUAGCUACGGAGGACACUGAUGGCUUCUCCCGCUUUAUGAGAACCAGCAAAGAGUUCAACUAUACUGUUAAGGUAUACACUCUCUCUCUCUCACACACACACACACACACACACACUAACACACACACACACACAGAGUUCAACUAUACUGUUAAGGUAUACACUCUCUCUCUCACACACACACACACACACACACACACACACACACACACACACACAGAGUUCAACUAUACUGUUAAGGUAUACACUCUCUCUCUCUCACACACACACACACACACCACUCACUCACUGGGAACUAACUGUGUUUCUUUCAUAUUCAUGUUGGUUGUGUGUUGGUUGUGUGUUGGUUGGGGUGGUUGGUGAGUGGGUGGGUGUGGGGGGUGGUGUGUGGUUGGUGUGUGUUGGUUGGGUUGGUUGUGUGGGGGUGUUGUGUUUUGGGUUUUGGGUUUGGUGAGUGUUUGUGUGUUGGUGUUGGUUGGUUAUUUUGUGUGGGGGGGGGUGUGGUUGGGUGGUUGUGGAUGGUGUUUGGGUUUUGUGUUGGUGGGUUUGUGUGUUGGUUGUGUGAUGUGUGUUGGUUGUGUGAUGGUGGUGAGGGGUUGGUGUGGGUGGUUGUGUGAUGUGUGUGGGUUGUGGUGAGGUUUUUGGGGUUGGGUGGGUUGGUUGGUUGUGUGGUGUGGUUGGGGUGAUGGUUGUGUGUUGGUGUUUUGUUUGGGGGUGUGGGUUGUGAUGUUUUGUGGUGGUUGUGUGUGUUUUUGGUUGGGGUUGGGUGUGGGGUGUUGGUGGGUUGAUGGUGGUUGAUGGUUGGGGGUGUGGGGUUGUGUGUGUGGUGGUUUGGGGUUGUGUGUGGUGUGGUUGGUUGGGGUGAGGUUGUGUGGUUGUGUGUGGUUGGUGGUGUGGUUGUGUGUUUGGGGUUGUUUUGAUGGUUGUGGUGAGGGUUGGUGUGUUGGGGUUUUGGUGUGUGGUUUUGGGUUUUGUGUGGGUUGGUGUGUUGGUUGUGUGUUGGUUUUGUGUGUGUGUGGUUGUGUGUGUGGUGGGUGUGAUGUUGUUGGUUUUGUGAUGGGGUUUUGUGUGGUUGUGGGUGGGUUUGUGUGGUGUUGUGUGGGUUGUGUGGGGUUGGUGGGUGGGUGUUGGUGAUGGGUGGUUUGGUUGUGUGAUGGUUGGGGUUGGUUGGUGUGAUGUUGUGUGUAGGGUGGUCUAGGGGUGGAAGGGGGGAAUGUGGCUCUCAGUGGGGACAGAAGGUUGUGGCUUAAGGUUUUGACAACCGGCAUGGUUUUAUGUUGUGGACAGGUGGGUUCUGUAACAAUGGUUUGUCUACAUUUCAGGGUUUUGGAAAUCAUGGGGUUCUAAUUUUUGUGUGUCUACACCAUAUGUGUUGUUUAAGAUAAGGGGUUGUUCUACACGAUCAUGUGUUGUCUACAUUAUCAUGUGUUGUCUACACGAUCAUGUGUUGCCUACACGAUCAUGUGUUGUCUACAUUAUCAUGUGUUGUCUACAUUAUCAUGUGUUGUCUACACGAUCAUGUGUUGUCUACAUUAUCAUGUGUUGUCUACACGAUCAUGUGUUGCAAUAUCAUGUUUGUCUACACGAUCAUGUGUGUCGACAUAAUAAUGUGGGUCACAGUACUAUAUGUUUGUAUAUCUUCUCGUCCUAAAGUGUUUCUCUCCUAUCAUACGAUAGGGAUAAGUGGACUAUACUCGCCAGUUUAGUACCUGUAAAAUCUAAUAGAGUACUCGUAGCAGAGAUAAAGAAUAGUAUUCCUUGCAGCCUCCUCAUCAAGGUCGAAUCGAUGAAACCUUACCUUUGCCUCUCCCUCCCUCUCUCCUCCCUCCCUCUCUCCUCCCUUCCUCUCUCCUCCCUCCUUCUCUCCUCCCUCCCUCUUUCUUCCUCCCUUUGAAAGGAUCCUUUGUUCUACCGACUCCUGAGAACUUUGCUAUCUCUGUGUGUGUGUUUGUGGUUGGGUGUUGCCCCGACAACUUGUUGCCCCACCCUCUCUGGUCGAUCCAAUAUGGCGUUGGUUGGGGACACUGGGCCCUGGAAUGAUGAUGAUGAAGGCUCUCUCCUCCUCUUCCUCUGUAGUUAUGAUGUAAUCCUUGCCAGUGGUCCAGAAGAGUUGUUGUGGAAGUUUUCCAGACUGAGUCAUAGGAUGGUGUUCUCUGCUGAGGGCUUCUGUUGGCCUGACCAGAAAUUAGCCCCAAAAUACCCCACGGUACACACCGGGAAGAGGUACCUCAACUCUGGAGGUAACUCAUCACACCGUUACACACACCGUUACACACACCAUUACACACACCAUCACACACCAGGGUUUCCUUUAGGAAAAUUUGGCGCCAGACCAUCAUUGAUGGGAAGAUUUUAAUUGAUGUGUUAGACAUUUGAGACAUGAACCGGUCAUACACAUGCAUUGGGGUGAGUAACCCCGUUAGGGUGCGUAACCCCGUUAGGGUGAGUAACCCCAUUAGGGUAGGUAACCCCAUUAGGGUAGGUAACCCUGUUGGGGUGUGUAACCCCGUUAGGGUAGGUAACCCCGUUAGGGUGAGUAACCCCAUUAGGGUAGGUAACCCCGUUAGGGUCAGUAACCCCAUUAGGGUAGGUAACCCCGUUAGGGUGAGUAACCCCGUUAGGGUAGGUAACCCCAUUAGGGUGAGUAACCCCAUUAGGGUGAGUAACCCCGUUAGGGUGAGUAACCCCGUUGGGGUGAGUAACCCCAUUAGGGUAGGUAACCCCAUUAGGGUGAGUAACCCCAUUAGGGUGAGUAACCCCGUUAGGGUAGGUAACCCCGUUAGGGUCAGUAACCCCAUUAGGGUAGGUAACCCCGUUAGGGUAGGUAACCCCGUUGGGGUGAGUAACCCCGUUAGGGUAGGUAACCCCGUUAGGGUAGGUAACCCCAUUAGGGUGAGUAACCCCGUUGGGGUGAGUAACCCCGUUAGGGUGAGUAACCCCGUUAGGGUAGGUAACCCCAUUAGGGUGCGUAACCCCGUUAGGGUGAGUAACCCCAUUAGGGUAGGUAACCCCGUUAGGGUGAGUAACCCCGUUAGGGUAGGUAACCCCGUUAGGGUAGGUAACCCCGUUAGGGUGAGUAACCCCAUUAGGGUAGGUAACCCCAUUAGGGUGAGUAACCCCGUUAGGGUGAGUAACCCCGUUAGGGUGAGUAACCCCGUUAGGGUAGGUAACCCCGUUAGGGUGAGUAACCCCGUUAGGGUAGGUAACCCCGUUAGGGUAGGUAACCCCAUUAGGGUGAGUAACCCCGUUAGGGUGAGUAACCCCAUUAGGGUAGGUAACCCCGUUAGGGUGAGUAACCCCGUUAGGGUGAGUAACCCCGUUAGGGUAGGUAACCCCGUUAGGGUCAGUAACCCCGUUAGGGUAGGUAACCCCGUUAGGGUCAGUAACCCCGUUAGGGUAGGUAACCCCGUUAGGGUGAGUAACCCUGUUAGGGUGAGUAACCCCGUUAGGGUGAGUAACCCCAUUAGGGUGAGUAACCCCGUUAGGGUAGGUAACCCCGUUAGGGUGAGUAACCCCGUUAGGGUGAGUAACCCCGUUAGGGUAGGUAACCCCGUUAGGGUAGGUAACCCCGUUAGGGUGAGUAACCCCAUUAGGGUGAGUAACCCCGUUAGGGUAGGUAACCCCGUUAGGGUGAGUAACCCCAUUAGGGUGAGUAACCCCGUUAGGGUAGGUAACCCCGUUAGGGUAGGUAACCCCGUUAGGGUGAGUAACCCCGUUAGGGUGCGUAACCCCGUUAGGGUGAGUAACCCCAUUAGGGUGAGUAACCCCGUUAGGGUAGGUAACCCCGUUAGGGUGAGUAACCCCAUUAGGGUGAGUAACCCCGUUAGGGUAGGUAACCCUGUUAGGGUAGGUAACCCCGUUAGGGUAGGUAACCCCAUUAGGGUGAGUAACCCCGUUAGGGUGAGUAACCCCGUUAGGGUGAGUAACCCCGUUAGGGUGAGUAACCCCAUUAGGGUGCGUAACCCCGUUAGGGUAGGUAACCCCGUUAGGGUCAGUAACCCCGUUAGGGUGAGUAACCCCGUUAGGGUAGGUAACCCCGUUAGGGUCAGUAACCCCGUUAGGGUGAGUAACCCCGUUAGGGUGAGUAACCCCGUUAGGGUCAGUAACCCCGUUAGGGUGAGUAACCCCGUUAGGGUGAGUAACCCCAUUAGGGUCAGUAACCCCGUUAGGGUGAGUAACCCCGUUAGGGUGAGUAACCCCGUUAGGGUGCGUAACCCCAUUAGGGUGAGUAACCCCGUUAGGGUGAGUAACCCCAUUAGGGUGAGUAACCCCGUUAGGGUGAGUAACCCCGUUAGGGUGAGUAACCCCGUUAGGGUGAGUAACCCCGUUAGGGUGAGUAACCCCGUUAGGGUGCGUAACCCCAUUAGGGUGAGUAACCCCAUGCAGCCUGCGCCAUCAGUAAAUGAGGAAUAUUGGCCUUGUUCUUAAAAGCUGUCAGAGAUUUGAGCACUAAAUGCAUCGGAAGGAAGCUAAUUUGGUAAUUUUCAGAAUAUUUGUUUAGAAGAUAAGCGUUAUAUUGUUAGAUUAUAGGAGUAACUCUGGUGGGCCUAAAACAUUCUCAAGUUCAACUGUCGGAGUCAGUUGGAGCGCCUCAUAGCGUAGGCCUGCAGUAUGAUACACUGAUAACCACACCAAACCACACCAAACCACACCAAACCACACCACACCACACCACACCAAACCACACCACACCACACCAAACCAAACCAAACCACACCAAACCACACCAACCAAACCACACCAAACCACAACCACACCAAACCCACCAACACCACACCAACCACACCAAACCACACACACACCCACACCCAAACCACACCAACAACCAACACCACACCAACACACCACACCAAACCACACCAAAAACCAACACCCCCAACAACCAAAACACACAAACCAACACACAACAACCAAACCACACCAAACCACACCACAACAAACCACACACCACAACCACAACAAACACAACACCACACCAACAAAACCACAACCAAACCACACCACACCAAACCACACACACCAACACACCACACCAAACCACACCAACCACACCACACAAAAAACCAAACACAAACCACACCACACCACACAAAACCACACACAACACAACAAACCACAACCACACCAAACCACACCAAACCACACACCACCACAACACACACAAACCAACACAAAACACCACACCACACAAACCACACCAAAACACACCCCACCAACCAAACCAACCACACAAACCACACCACACACCAAACCACACAAACACCAACACACCACACACCAAACCACACCAAACAAGACAACCACACAAAACCAAAACCACACACAAAACCACACCAACCAACAACCAGGCACCAAUCACAAAAAAUAUCUAAACUUUAUUAGGGGAAUAUCCAAAGUAAGUCAAGCCAUUGUUUCUAGGGAAAAUACGAGCAGGAUAUUGCGGCAAACACAUUACAGUUGGAACUUAAUUUGGCCAAAGAAAAUGGCUCAACAUAAUGAAACAAAACACUGGUUUAAACCUUCACUAACGUUUUGAACAGGCUAUAUUGAUUACCUUGUAAGGCUUGAACCCAACAUGUGACAGCAAUAUGAUUCUGAUAUUUAUUUUACAACAGGCCUACUUAUAGCCUAUCUUAAACAAAAUACGUAACACACAAUUAAAAAGAGAUCAAACUUAAUUUAGCCUACGAAGAUGUCUCCCGAGUGGCGCAGUGGUCUAAGGCACUGCAUCACAGUGCUAGCUGUGCCACUAGAGAUCCUGGUAAAUGUAAAUGUUAAAUGUAAGAUGUCUCAAGAGAAAAACGGGCCCAUACUGUGGAGGAAAAACCCCUCAGAAGGCAUCCGAUCUCAAUAUACAAAAGCUUUAUUACGAGCAUGCAUGCAUGGAAAAACCAAACUGACUCGCUCUUUGUUCUCACAGACAUUUUAUAUACAGUGGAAGAGGAUAGAUGGGGUGUUUCACAUGCCCUUGGAAUGAGUCCGGUGCUUCUGCCCAUCACUAGAUAGUAGACCCAGAGAAAGACGGAUCAUACCAGGGACAUGUCCACUCCCCCACACAUCCUGGGAUAACAGGAACCAUUAAAGAUUGUUUCACAGGAAGAUAGAACAGGCCAGUUUAGAAACAGUUAUAAAACAGAAUACAAAAACUUAAAGGGCAAUUUGAAACAGUGCGAUUUAGCAAUCUUCCAGAAACUAAGAGGAACAGGAUGCCCAGUCCCUUCUUCAGGCCAUAUACAGUAAGAUGGAAACAUGAUAAUAUAAUAAUUAUUAUUUAGGAAACAUGUUCCUCUUCUGCAAUACGGAGGACAUUUCCCCCUGUAGCAGGGCUCCAGACUAACAUUUUUAGUUGGUCGCACCAGCCCAUGAUUUGGUCGCACCAAUUUUUUUUCACUCAAUAGCAGAAAAUCAUCUUAUAAAGUCGUUCACAGCUUUAUAGACUACUGAGAUCUUAGUGAAGAAAUAAGUUGUUUCUUUUCAUGUUGUAAAUACAAAUAUUUUAAUGAGCAGCCUAAUCCAGUGAUGCAUUCUGGGUAUAUUAUGCUGUUCAAAUAGAGCUCCAGCCAUUUUCUGAAUGUCGUUGUUCAAUAGAGAUCUUUAUGUGCACUAAUAUCAUAGACUCAUUUAUUUAGGAGCUUAUUCACCACAUGAGGAAGUAGAAACUCAAAACACAUUAGCUAGAUCGCUAACACUAAAUAUAAUACCCACUGCUAGUAGUAAUAUAUUAAUCUAACACUAAAUAUAAUGUCCAAAAAACAUUGCAGUUGUAACCUGCCGUCCAAUGAGACCUACAGUGCCUUGCAAAAGUAUUCACCACCCUUGGCGUUUUUCCUAUUUUGUUGCAUUACAACCUGUCAUUUAAAUUGAUUUUUAUUUGGAUUUCAUGUAAUGGACAUACACAAAAUAGUCCAAAUUGGUGAAGUGAAAUGAAAUAAAUAACUUGUUUCAAGAAAUUCUAAAAAAUAAAUAACGGAAAAGUGUUGCGUGCAUAUAUAUUCACCCCCUUUGCUAUGAAGCCCCUAAAAUAAGAUCUGGUACAACCAAUUACCUUCAGAAGUCACAUAAUUAGUUAAAUAAAGUCCACCUGUGUGCAAUCUAAGUGUCACGUGAUCUGUCACAUGAUCUCAGUAUAUAUACACCUGUUCUGAAAGGCCCCAGAGUCUGCAACACCACUAAGCAAGGGGCACCACCAAGCAAGCGGCACCAUGAAGACCAAGGAGCUCUCCAAACAGGUCAGGGACAAAGUUGUACAGAUCAGGGUUGGGUUAUAAAAAAUAUCCGAAACUUUGAACAUCCCACAGAGCACCAUUAAAUAAAUUAUUAAAAAAUGGAAAGAAUAUGGCACCACAACAAACCUGCCAAGAGAGAGCCGCCCACCAAAACUCACAGACCAGGCAAGGAGGGCAUUAAUCAUAGAGGCAACAAAGAGACCAAAGAUAACCCUGAAGGAGCUGCAAAGAUUGGAGUAUCUGUCCAUAGGACCACUUUAAGCCGUACACUCCACAGAGCUGGGCUUUACGGAAGAGUGGCCAGAAAAAAGCCAUUGCUUAAAGAACAAAAUAAGCAGACACGUUUGUUGUUCGCCAAAAGGCAUGUGGGAGUCUCCCCAAACAUAUGAAAGAAGGUACUCUGGUCAGAUGAGACUAAAAUUGAGCUUUUUGCCCAUCAAGGAAAACUCUAUGUCUGGUGCACACCCAACACCUCUCAUCACCCCAAGGAUCUUUUUCAUCGGCAGGGACUGGGAAACUGGUCAGAAUUGAAGGAAUGAUGGAUGGCGCUAAAUACAGGGAAAUUCUUGAGGGAAACCUGUUUCAGUCUUCCAGAGAUUUGAGACUGGGACGGAGGUUCACCUUCCAGCAGGACAAUGACCCUAAGCAUACUGCUAAAGCAACACUCGAGUGGUUUAAGGGGAAACAAAAAAAUAUAUUGCAUCUUCAAAGUGAUAGGCAUGUUGUGUAAAUCAAAUGAUCCAACCCCCGCAAAAAUCCAUUUUAAUUCCAGGUUGUAAGGCAACAAAAUAGGAAAAAUGCCAAGGGGGGUGAAUACUUUCGCAAGCCACAGUGCAUUUGGAAGGAAUUCAGACCCCUUGACUUUUUCCACAUUUUGUUACGUUACAGCCUUAUUCUAAAAUAGAUUAAAUUGUUUUUUCCCCCCUCAUGAAUCUACACACAAUACUCCAUAAUGACAAAGCAUGAACAGGUUUUUAGAAUAUAAAACUGAAAUACUGCAUUUUUAUUUAUUUUUUAUUUAACCUUUAUUUAACCAGGUAAGCCAGUUGAGAACAAGUAACACAACAUAAAAUAUAUAUACAGUGUGUGCAAAUGUAGUAAGUUAUGGAGGUAAGGCAAUAAAUAGGCCAUAGUGCACAAUAAUUACAAUUUAGUGUUAACACUGGAGUGAUAGAUGUGCAGAAGAUGAUGUGCAAAUAGAGAUACUGGGGUGCAAAUGAGCAAAAUAAAUAACAAUAUGGGGAUGAGGUAGUUGGGUGGGCUAAUUACAGAUGGGCUGUGUACAGGUGCAGUGAUCGGUAAGGUGCUCUGACAACUGAUGCUUAAAGUUCGUGAGGGAGAUAAUUGUCUCCAGCUUCAGAGAUUUUUGCAAUUCGUUCCAGUCAUUGGCAGCAGAGAACUGGAAGGAAUGGCGGCCAAAGGAGGUGUUGGCUUUGGGGAUGACCAGUGAGAUAUACCUGCUGGAACGCAUACUACGGGUGGGUGUUGCAAUGGUGACCAGUGAGCUAAGAUAAGGCGGGGAUUUGCCUAGCAGUGAUUUAUAGAUGACCUGGAGCCAGUGGGUUUGGCGACGAAUAUGUAGUGAGGGCCAGCCAACGAGAGCGUACAGGUCACAAUGGUGGGUAGUAUAUGGGGCUUUGGAGACAAAACGGAUGGCACUGUGAUAGACUACAUCCAAUUUGCUGAGUAGAGUGUUGGAGGCUAUUUUGUAAAUGACAUCGCCGAAGUCAAGGAUCGGUAGGAUAGUCAGUUUUACGAGGGCAUGUUUAGCAGCAUGAGUGAAGGAGGCUUUGUUGCGAAAUAGGAAGCCGAUUCUAGAUUUAACUUUGGAUUGGAGAUGCUUAAUGUGAGUCUGGAAGGAGAGUUUACAGUCUAACCAGACACCUAGGUAUUUGUAGUUGUCCACAUAUUCUAAGUUAGACCCGCCGAGAGUAGUGAUUCUAGUCGGGUGGGCGGGUGCAAGCAUUGUUCGAUUGAAGAGCAUGCAUUUAGUUUUACUAGCGUUUAAGAGCAGUUGGAGGCCACAGAAGGAGUGUUGUAUGGCAUUGAAGCUCGUUUGGAGGUUUGUUAACACAGUGUCCAAUGAAGGGCCAGAUGUAUACAAAAUGGUGUCGUCUGCGUAGAGGUGGAUCUGAGAGUCACCAGCAGCAAGAGCGACAUCACUGAUAUACACAGAGAAUAGAGUCGGCCCGAGAAUUGAACCCUGUGGCACCCCCAUAGAGACUGCCAUAGGUCCAGACAACAGGCCCUCCGAUUUGACACAUUGAACUCUAUCUGAGAAGUAGUUGGUGAACCGGGCGAGGCAGUCAUUUGAGAAACCAAGGCUAUUUUGUCUGCCAAUAAGAAUGCGGUGAUUGACAGAGUCAAAAGCCUUGGCCAGGUCGAUGAAGACGGCUGCACAGUACUGUCUUUUAUCGAUCGCGGUUAUUAUAUCGUUUAGGACCUUUCCAUAAGUAUUCAGACUCUUUACUCAGUACUUUUUUGAAGCACUUUUGGCAGCGAUUACAGCAUUGAGUCUUCUUGGGUAUGACGUUACAAGCUUGGCACACCUGUAUUUGGGGAGUUCCUCCCAUUCUUCUUUGCAGAUCCUCUUAAGUUCUGUCAGGUUGAAUGGGGAGCGUCGCUGCACAGCUAUUUUCAGGUCUCUCCAGAGAUGUUCGAUCGGGUUCAAGUCCGGGCUCUGGCUAUACAUUCAGAGACUUGUCCCGAAGCCACUCCUGCGUUGUCUUGGCUGUGUGCUUUGGGCCGUUGUCCUGUUGGAAGGUGAACCUUCGCCCCAGUCUGAGGUCCUGAGCGCUCUGGAGCAGGUUUUCAUCAAGGAUCUCUCUGUACUUUGCUCCGUUCAUCUUUGCCUCAAUCCUAAAUAGUCUCCCUGUCCCUGCCGCUGAAAAACAUCCCCACAGCAUGAUGCUGCCACCACCAUGCUUCACCGUAGGGAUGGUGCCAGGUUUCCUCCAGACGUGACGCUUGGCAUUCAGGCCAAAGAGUUCAACCUUGGUUUCAUCAGACCAGAAAAUCAGGUACAGGGGCCCCAGCGAACCAGGGACAGGGGCCCCAGCGAACCAGGUACAGGGGCCCCAGCGAACCAGGGACAGGGGCAGGCAGGAAGACUCUUUCAUUACAGGAAUCAUGAGGAUAAUGUACUUUACUGUUUAAUUUAUUUCAUCAUCACAAAUUAGAUUGAGCAAUAAAAGCCCCACCGGGGUCUACUGAAAUGAAACAGUAUGGAGCACAACACCAUGGAGAAGGUUAGAAGGGAGGAACUCCUCAUACUGUUAUUCUAUAGGCUGGGAUCCACCUCAAACUGUUAUUCUAUAGGCUGGGAUCCACCUCAAACUGUUAUUCUAUAGGCUGGGAUCCACCUCAAACUGUUAUUCUAUAGGCUGGGAUCCACCUCAAACUGUUCACUUCUAUAGGCUGGGAUCCACCUCAAACUGUUAUUCUAUAGGCUGGGAUCCACCUCAAACUGUUAUUCUAUAGGCUGGGAUCCACCUCAAACUGUUAUUCUAUAGGCUGGGAUCCACCUCAAACUGUUAUUCUAUAGGCUGGGAUCCACCUCAAACUGUUAUUCUAUAGGCUGGGAUCCACCUCAAACUGUUAUUCUAUAGGCUGGGAUCCACCUCAAACUGUUAUUCUAUAGGCUGGGAUCCACCUCAAACUGUUAUUCUAUAGGCUGGGAUCCACCUCAAACUGUUAUUCUAUAGGCUGGGAUCCACCUCAUACUGUUAUUCUAUAGGCUGGGAUCCACCUCAAACUGUUAUUCUAUAGGCUGGGAUCCACCUCAAACUGUUAUUCUAUAGGCUGGGAUCCACCUCAAACUGUUAUUCUAUAGGCUGGGAUCCACCUCAAACUGUUAUUCUAUAGGCUGGGAUCCACACUAUGCAGCUGUUGGAAGAGCACAUUUAUCACUGGCUGUCCACGGGUCGCAAAAACAAUGAUUGAUUGGCAGCUUAAACUUCUUCAAUUCAACCAUUAUUGGGUUAAAAUACAUAUACAUAUUUAAAUAGCCAUCCACACCAACCACAAUCCGUAAAGACACACACACACACACACACACACACACACACACACACACACCACUAACCCUUUAUUGGCUAUGCUCUAGUGCAGCAGUAGUGUGUUAACCCUGGUGUGUGUGUGUGUGUGUGUGUGUGUGUGUGUGUGGCUGUGUGUGUGUGUGUGUGUGUGUGUGGCUGUGUGUGUGUGUGUGUGUGUGGCUGGGUGUGUGUGUGUGUGUAGGGUUUAUAGGGUAUGCUCCAGAGCUCAGUGCGAUCGUUCAACAGUGGAAACAUAAAGACAACGAUGAUGACCAACUCUUCUACACUAAGAUCUACCUGGACAAAGUACAACGGGUUAGUAUGACCUCUGACCUCUUACAUUAAGAUCUACCUGGACAAAGUACAACGGGUUAGUAUGACCUCUGACCUCUUACAUUAAGAUCUACCUGGACAAAGUACAACGGGUUAGUCUGACCUCUGACCUCUUACAUUAAGAUCUACCUGGACAAAGUACAACGGGAUAGUAUGACCUCUGACCUCUUACAUUAAGAUCUACUUGGACAAAGUACAACGGGUUAGUAUGACCUCUGACCUCUUACAUUAAGAUCUACCUGGACAAAGUACAACGGGUUAGUAUGACCUCUGACCUCUUACAUUAAGAUCUACCUGGACAAAGUACAACGGGUUAGUAUGACCUCUGACCUCUUACAUUAAGAUCUACUUGGACAAAGUACAACGGGUUAGUAUGACCUCUGACCUCUUACACUAAGAUCUACCUGGACAAAGUACAACGGGUUAGUAUGACCUCUGACCUCUUACAAAAAGAUCUACCGUGUCAAAAUACAACGGGUUAGUAUGACCUCUAACCUCUUACAAUAAGAUACUUGUGUAUAUGUAGUGUAUGUGUACACCCUAUUGGGGGCUUUGGGAUGAAUUGGAGCGCUGACUGCGAGCCGGGCCUAAUCGCCCAACAUCAGCGCCCGGCCUCAACCCCAUCGAACACCUUUGGGAUGAACUGGAGCGCUGACUGCGAGCCGGGCCUAAUCGCCCAACAUCAGUGCCCGGCCUCAACCCCAUCGAACACCUUUGGGAUGAAUUGGAGCGCUGACUGCGAGCCGGGCCUAAUCGCCCAACAUCAGCGCCCGACCUCAACCCCAUCGAACACCUUUGGGAUGAAUUGGAGCGCUGACUGUGAGCCGGGCCUAAUCGCCCAACAUCAGCGCCCGGCCUCAACCCCAUCGAACACCUUUGGGAUGAAUUGGAGCGCUGACUGCGAGCCGGGCCUAAUCGCCCAACAUCAGCGCCCGGCCUCAACCCCAUCGAACACCUUUGGGAUGAAUUGGAGCGCUGACUGCGAGCCGGGCCUAAUCGCCCAACAUCAGCGCCCGGCCUCAACCCCAUCGAACACCUUUGGGAUGAAUUGGAACGCCGACUGCGAGCCAGGCCUAAUCGCCCAACAUCAGCGCCCGGCCUCAACCCCAUCGAACACCUUUGGGAUGAACUGGAACGCUGACUGCGAGCCGGGCCUAAUCGCCCAACAUCAGUGCCCGACCUCACUAAUGCUCUUGUGGCUGAAUGGAAGCAAGUCCCCGCAGCAAUGUUCCAACAUCUAGUGGAAAGCCUUCCCAGAAGAGUGGAGGCUGUUAUAGCAGCAAAGGGGGGGACCAACUCCAUUCUAAUGCCCAUGAUUUUGGAAUGAGAUGUUCGAUGAGCAGGUGUCCACAUACUUUUGAUCAUGUAGUGUAUAUCUGGACAAAGUACAACUGGUUAGUAUGACCUCUGACCUCUUACAUUAAGAUCAAUCUGGACAAGGUACAACUGGUUAGUAUGACCUCUGACCUCUUACAUUAAGAUCAAUCUGGACAAGGUACAACUGGUUAGUAUGACCUCUGACCUCUUACAUUAAGAUCAAUCUGGACAAGGUACAACUGGUUAGUAUGACCUCUGAGAUUAAACAUCACCAAAUAAGAGGUCAAUUUACCCCAGAACUAAACCCAAUUGGGUCCAUAUAUAGUACACUACCCAUUGGGUCCAUAUAUAGUACACUACCCAUUGGGUCCAUAUAUAGUACACUACCCAGAAGGAUGUGGGAUAAAGAGAUGCUGGAACCGAGAUGAGGAGUCCACGGGCCCAAUGGCCCAGAGUCCAUCCUCUCUCUCUGCAACUUACGGGCCAAUGGGCCAGAGUCCACCCUCUCUCUCUGCAACUUACGGGCCAAUGGCCCAGAGUCCACCCUCUCUCUGCAACUUACGGGCCAAUGGCCCAGAGUCCACCCUCUCUCUCUGCAACUUACGGGCCAAUGGCCCAGAGUCCACCCUCUCUCUGCAACUUACGGCCCAAUGGCCCAGAGUCCACCCUCUCUCUCUGCAACUUACGGGGCCAUGGUCCAGAGUCCACCCUCUCUCUCUGCAACUUACGGGCCCAUGGCCCAGAGUCCACCCUCUCUCUCUGCAACUUACGGGCCCAAUGGCCCAGAGUCCACCGUCUCUCUCUGCAAGUUACGGGCCCAAUGGCCCAGAGUCCACCAUCUCUCUCUGCAAGUUACGGGCCCAAUGGCCCAGAGUCCACCGUCUCUAUCUGCAACUUACGGGCCAAUGGCCCAGAGUCCACCGUCUCUCUCUGCAACUUACGGGCCCAUGGCCCAGAGUCCACCCUCUCUCUCUGCAACUUACGGGCCCAUGGCCCAGAGUCCACCCUCUCUCUCUGCAACUUACGGGCCCAUGGCCCAGAGUCCACCCUCUCUCUCUGCAACUUACGGGCCAAUGGGCCAGAGUCCACCCUCUCUCUCUGCAACUUACGGGCCAAUGGGCCAGAGUCACCCUCUGAACGGGGCCAAUGGCCAGAGUCCACCCUCUCUCUCUGCAACUUACGGGCCAAUGGCCCAGAGUCCACCCUCUCUCUCUGCAACUUACGGGCCAAUGGCCCAGAGUCCACCCUCUCUCUCUGCAACUUACGGGCCAAUGGCCCAGAGUCCACCCUCUCUCUCUGCAACUUACGGGCCCAAUGGCCCAGAGUCCACCCUCUCUCUCUGCAACUUACAGGCCCAAUGGCCCAGAGUCCACCCUCUCUCUGCAACUUACAGGCCCAAUGGCCCAGAGUCCACCCUCUCUCUGCAACUUACGGGCCCAUGGCCCAGAGUCCCACCCUCUCUCUCUGCAACUUACGGGCCCAUGGCCCAGAGUCCACCCUCUCUCUCUGCAAGUUACGGGCCCAAUGGCCCAGAGUCCACCCUCUCUCUCUGCAACUUACGGGCCCAUGGCCCAGAGUCCACCCUCUCUCUCUGCAAGUUACGGGCCCAAUGGCCCAGAGUCCACUGUCUCUCUCUGCAAGUUACGGGCCCAAUGGCCCAGAGUCCACCGUCUCUCUCUGCAACUUACGGGCCAAUGGCCCAGAGUCCACCCUCUCUCUCUGCAACUUACGGGCCAAUGGCCCAGAGUCCACCCUCUCUCUCUGCAACUUACGGGCCAAUGGCCCAGAGUCCACCCUCUCUCUCUGCAACUUACAGGCCCAAUGGCCCAGAGUCCACCCUCUCUCUGCAAUUUACAGGCCCAAUGGCCCAGAGUCCACCCUCUCUCUGCAACUUACGGGCCCAUGGCCCAGAGUCCACCCUCUCUCUCUGCAACUUACGGGCCAAUGGCCCAGAGUCCUCCCUCUCUCUCUGCAACUUACGGGCCAAUGGCCCAGAGUCCACCCUCUCUCUGCAACUUACGGGCCCAUGGCCCAGAGUCCACCCUCUCUCUCUGCAACUUACGGGCCCAAUGGCCCAGAGUCCACCCUCUCUCUCUGCAACUUACGGGCCAAUGGCCCAGAGUCCACCCUCUCUCUCUGCAACUUACGGGCCAAUGGCCCAGAGUCCACCCUCUCUCUCUGCAACUUACGGGCCCAAUGGCCCAGAGUCCACCGUCUCCCUCUGCAAGUUACGGGCCCAAUGGCCCAGAGUCCACCCUCUCUCUGCAACUUACAGGCCCAAUGGCCCAGAGUCCACCCUCUCUCUGCAACUUACAGGCCCAAUGGCCCAGAGUCCACCCUCUCUCUGCAACUUACAGGCCCAAUGGCCCAGAGUCCACCCUCUCUCUGCAACUUACGGGCCCAUGGCCCAGAGUCCACCCUCUCUCUGCAACUUACGGGCCCAUGGCCCAGAGUCCACCCUCUCUCUCUGCAACUUACGGGCCCAUGGCCCAGAGUCCACCCUCUCUCUCUGCAACUUACGGGCCCAAUGGGCCAGAGUCCACUGUCUCUCUCUGCAAGUUACGGGCCCAAUGGCCCAGAGUCCACCGUCUCUCUCUGCAACUUACGGGCCAAUGGCCCAGAGUCCACCCUCUCUCUCUGCAACUUACGGGCCAAUGGCCCAGAGUCCACCCUCUCUCUCUGCAACUUACGGGCCAAUGGCCCAGAGUCCACCCUCUCUCUCUGCAACUUACAGGCCCAAUGGCCCAGAGUCCACCCUCUCUCUGCAACUUACAGGCCCAAUGGCCCAGAGUCCACCCUCUCUCUGCAACUUACGGGCCCAUGGCCCAGAGUCCACCCUCUCUCUCUGCAACUUACGGGCCGAAUGGCCCAGAGUCCACCGUCUCUCUCUGCAAGUUACGGGCCCAAUGGCCCAGAGUCCACCGUCUCUCUCUGCAAGUUACGGGCCAAUGGCCCAGAGUCCACCGUCUCUCUCUGCAACUUACGGGCCAAUGGCCCAGAGUCCUCCCUCUCUCUCUGCAACUUACGGGCCAAUGGCCCAGAGUCCACCGUCUCUCUCUGCAACUUACGGGCCAAUGGCCCAGAGUCCUCCCUCUCUCUCUGCAACUUACGGGCCAAUGGCCCAGAGUCCACCCUCUCUCUGCAACUUACGGGCCAAUGGCCCAGAGUCCACCCUCUCUCUCUGCAACUUACGGGCCAAUGGGCCAGAGUCCACCGUCUCCCUCUGCAAGUUACGGGCCCAAUGGCCCAGAGUCCACCGUCUCUCUCUGCAAGUUACGGGCCCAUGGCCCAGAGUCCACCCUCUCUCUCUGCAAGUUACGGGCCCAUGGCCCAGAGUCCACCCUCUCUAUCUGCAACUUACGGGCCCAUGGCCCAGAGUCCACCCUCUCUCUCUGCAACUUACGGGCCAAUGGCACAGAGUCCACCCUCUCUCUGCAACUUACGGGCCAAUGGCCCAGAGUCCACCCUCUCUCUCUGCAACUUACGGGCCAAUGGCCCAGAGUCCACCCUCUCUCUCUGCAACUUACGGGCCAAUGGCCCAGAGUCCACCCUCUCUCUGCAACUUACGGGCCAAUGGCCCAGAGUCCACCCUCUCUCUCUGCAACUUACGGGCCAAUGGCCCAGAGUCCACCCUCUCUCUCUGCAACUUACGGGCCAAUGGCCCAGAGUCCACCCUCUCUCUCUGCAACUUACGGGCCAAUGGCCCAGAGUCCACCCUCUCUCUCUGCAACUUACAGGCCCAAUGGCCCAGAGUCCACCCUCUCUCUGCAACUUACAGGCCCAAUGGCCCAGAGUCCACCCUCUCUCUGCAACUUACAGGCCCAAUGGCCCAGAGUCCACCCUCUCUCUGCAACUUACGGGCCCAUGGCCCAGAGUCCACCGUCUCUCUCUGCAAGUUACGGGCCCAAUGGCCCAGAGUCCACCGUCUCCCUCUGCAAGUUACGGGCCCAAUGGCCCAGAGUCCACCCUCUCUCUCUGCAACUUACGGGCCGAUGGCCCAGAGUCCACCCUCUCUCUCUGCAACUUACAGGCCCAAUGGCCCAGAGUCCACCCUCUCUCUGCAACUUACAGGCCAAUGGCCCAGAGUCCACCCUCUCUCUCUGCAACUUACGGGCCGAUGGCCCAGAGUCCACCCUCUCUCUCUGCAACUUACGGGCCCAAUGUCCCCUCCCCUUCCCAAAUUCGAAAGAUGCUAACACCUGCAAAAUCGUGAUUUGUCCAAAUAACCAGUGACGAAAAAACUAACACCGGAACUACUGCUGUUAGUUAUCCCACGCAUUCCUUCCAGACAGAUUCUAGGGUACCAGUUAUGUUUACGUAGAUCUGUCCAUGAAAGAUACAGUAACCUCUAACCUUUACCCUCUAACCUUUACCCUCUAACCUUUACCCUCUAACCUUUACCCUCUAACCCUGACCUUUACCCUCUAACCUUUACCCUCUUACCCCUCUAAAUCUUUACCCUCUAACCUUGACCCUCAACCUUUAAACCCUCUAACCUUUUACCCUCUACUAACCUUUACUCUACCUUCCCUCUAACCCUGACCUUUACCCUCUCCUUAACCACCCCUAACCUUACCCUCUAACCUUACCCUCUAAACCCUGACCUUUACCCUCUAACCUUUACCCUCAACCUUUACCCUCUACCUUACCCUCUAACCUUUACCUCUAACGCUUUACCCUCUAACCUGUAACCCUCGACCUUUACCCUCUAACCUUACCCUCUACCUCUCACCCUUUACCCUCUAACCUUUACCCUCUACAUGAACCUUGACCCUUAACCCUUACCCGCUACUUUACCCUCUAACCUUUCCCUCUAAACCCUUACCCCUAACCUUAUACCCCGCUUAAACCUUUACCCUCUAACCUUUUACCCUCUAACCCUUACCCUCUAACCCCUGACCUCUAACCUUUACCCUCUAACCUUUACCCUCUAACCUUUACCCUCUAACCCUGACCUUUACCCUCUAACCUUUACCCUCUAACCUUUACCCUCUAACCUUUACCCUCUAACCUUUACCCUCUAACCUUUACCCUCUAACCUUUACCCUCUAACCUUUACCCUCUAACCCUUACCCUCUAACCUUUACCCUCUAACCUUUACCCUCUAACCCUGACCUUUACCCUCUAACCUUUACCCUCUAACCUUUACCCUCUAACCUUUACCCUCUAACCCCUGACCUCUAACCCCUGAGCUCUAACCUUUACCCUCAAACCCUGACCUCUAACCUAUGCUUUGGUGGGGUAUAGUAGACUAAUGUUGCUAACAUUGUUGUAAUGUUGUAGUAAACUUGUAAUAAUGUUGUGGUAACGUUGUAGUAACAUUGUAAUGUUGUUUUUCAGACCAAGUACAACAUGACUCUGGACCAUCGCUCUAGAAUCUUCCAGAACCUCAACGGAGCCAUCGGUGAGACACACACACACACACACACACAUACAUACAUACAUACACACUUAGUACUCCGACUGCUUAGAACCCCAAUUCUGCCUCCAUCUUCUCUGUGUUGUCUGAAGUGUGUAUAACUAACCUACAUGUUAUUCUCUCCCUACACACACACACACACUCUCACACACACACACACACACACACACACCUACACACACACACCUACACACACACACACCUAAACACACACCAACCCACCUAAACACACACACCAACCCACUCACACACCUACACACAGAGGAGGUGGUGCUGAAGUUUGAGAAGGCUCGUGUCCGUGCGAGGAACGUGGCCUAUGACACACUUCCUGUUAUAAUCCAUGGCAACGGACCCACCAAGGUAACCAAUCACAGCACAGCAUCAGAACAUGGGCCAAACUGGGUAGUGUACUAUAUAUGGAGUAUGUAGGGUUCCGUCUGGGUAGUGUACUAUAUAUGGAGUAUGUAGGGUUCCGUCUGGGUAGUGUACUAUAUAUGGAGUAUGUAGGGUUCCGUCUGGGUAGUGUACUAUAUAUGGAGUAUGUAGGGUUCCGUCUGGGUAGUGUACUAUAUAUGGAGUAUGUAGGGUUCCGUCUGGGUAGUGUACUAUAUAUGGAGUAUGUAGGGUUCCGUCUGGGUAGUGUACUAUAUAUGGAGUAUGUAGGGUUCCGUCUGGGUAGUGUACUAUAUAUGGAGUAUGUAGGGUUCCGUCUGGGUAGUGUACUAUAUAUGGAGUAUGUAGGGUUCCGUCUGGGUAGUGUACUAUAUAUGGAGUAUGUAGGGUUCCCUCUGGGUAGUGUACUAUAUAUGGAGUAUGUAGGGUUCCCUCUGGGUAGUGUACUAUAUAUGGAGUAUGUAGGGUUCCGUCUGGGUAGUACUAUAUAUGGAGUAUGUAGGGUUCCGUCUGGGUAGUGUACUAUAUAUGGAGUAUGUAGGGUUCCGUCUGGGUAGUGUACUAUAUAUGGAGUAUGUAGGGUUCCGUCUGGGUAGUGUACUAUAUAUGGAGUAUGUAGGGUUCCGUCUGGGUAGUGUACUAUAUAUGGAGUAUGUAGGGUUCCGUCUGGGUAGUGUACUAUAUAUGGAGUAUGUAGGGUUCCGUCUGGGUAGUACUAUAUAUGGAGUAUGUAGGGUUCCGUCUGGGUAGUGUACUAUAUAUGGAGUAUGUAGGGUUCCCUCUGGGUAGUGUACUAUAUAUGGAGUAUGUAGGGUUCCGUCUGGGUAGUGUACUAUAUAUGGAGUAUGUAGGGUUCCGUCUGGGUAGUGUACUAUAUAUGGAGUAUGUAGGGUUCCGUCUGGGUAGUGUACUAUAUAUGGAGUAUGUAGGGUUCCGUCUGGGUAGUACUAUAUAUGGAGUAUGUAGGGUUCCGUCUGGGUAGUGUACUAUAUAUGGAGUAUGUAGGGUUCCGUCUGGGUAGUGUACUAUAUAUGGAGUAUGUAGGGUUCCGUCUGGGUAGUGUACUAUAUAUGGAGUAUGUAGGGUUCCGUCUGGGUAGUGUACUAUAUAUGGAGUAUGUAGGGUUCCGUCUGGGUAGUGUACUAUAUAUGGAGUAUGUAGCGUUCCAUCUGGGUAGUGUACUAUAUAUGGAGUAUGUAGGGUUCCGUCUGGGUAGUGUACUAUAUAUGGAGUAUGUAGGGUUCCGUCUGGGAAGUGUACUAUAUAUGGAGUAUGUAGGGUUCCGUCUGGGUAGUGUACUAUAUAUGGAGUAUGUAGGGUUCCGUCUGGGUAGUGUACUAUAUAUGGAGUAUGUAGGGUUCCGUCUGGGUAGUGUACUAUAUAUGGAGUAUGUAGGGUUCCGUCUGGGUAGUGUACUAUAUAUGGAGUACGUAGGGUUCCGUCUGGGUAGUGUACUAUAUAUGGAGUAUGUAGGGUUCCGUCUGGGUAGUGUACUAUAUAUGGAGUAUGUAGGGUUCCGUCUGGGUAGUGUACUAUAUAUGGAGUAUGUAGGGUUCCGUCUGGGUAGUGUAUUAUAUAUGGAGUAUGUAGGGUUCCCUCUGGGUAGUACUAUAUAUGGAGUAUGUAGGGUUCCGUCUGGGUAGUGUACUAUAUAUGGAGUAUGUAGGGUUCCGUCUGGGUAGUGUAUUAUAUAUGGAGUAUGUAGGGUUCCCUCUGGGUAGUACUAUAUAUGGAGUAUAUAGGGUUCCGUCUGGGUAGUGUAUUAUAUAUGGAGUAUGUAGGGUUCCGUCUGGGUAGUGUACUAUAUAUGGAGUAUGUAGGGUUCCGUCUGGGUAGUGUACUAUAUAUGGAGUAUGUAGGGUUCCGUCUGGGUAGUGUACUAUAUAUGGAGUAUGUAGGGUUCCGUCUGGGUAGUGUACUAUAUAUGGAGUAUGUAGGGUUCCGUCUGGGUAGUUACUAUAUAUGGAGUAUGUAGGGUUCCGUCUGGGUAGUGUACUAUAUAUGGAGUAUGUAGGGUUCCCUCUGGGUAGUGUACUAUAUAUGGAGUAUGUAGGGUUCCGUCUGGGUAGUGUACUAUAUAUGGAGUAUGUAGGGUUCCCUCUGGGUAGUGUACUAUAUAUGGAGUACGUAGGGUUCCGUCUGGGUAGUGUACUAUAUAUGGAGUAUGUAGGGUUCCGUCUGGGUAGUACUAUAUAUGGAGUAUGUAGGGUUCCGUCUGGGUAGUGUACUAUAUAUGGAGUAUGUAGGGUUCCCUCUGGGUAGUGUACUAUAUAUGGAGUAUGUAGGGUUCCCUCUGGGUAGUGUACUAUAUAUGGAGUAUGUAGGGUUCCGUCUGGGUAGUACUAUAUAUGGAGUAUGUAGGGUUCCCUCUGGGUAGUACUAUAUAUGGAGUAUGUAGGGUUCCCUCUGGGUAGUACUAUAUAUGGAGUAUGUAGGGUUCCGUCUGGGUAGUGUACUAUAUAUGGAGUAUGUAGGGUUCCGUCUGGGUAGUGUACUAUAUAUGGAGUAUGUAGGGUUCCGUCUGGGUAGUACUAUAUAUGGAGUAUGUAGGGUUCCGUCUGGGUAGUGUACUAUAUAUGGAGUAUGUAGGGUUCCGUCUGGGUAGUGUACUAUAUAUGGAGUAUGUAGGGUUCCGUCUGGGUAGUGUACUAUAUAUGGAGUAUGUAGGGUUCCGUCUGGGUAGUACUAUAUAUGGAGUAUGUAGGGUUCCGUCUGGGUAGUGUACUAUAUAUGGAGUAUGUAGGGUUCCGUCUGGGUAGUGUACUAUAUAUGGAGUAUGUAGGGUUCCCUCUGGGUAGUGUACUAUAUAUGGAGUAUGUAGGGUUCCGUCUGGGUAGUGUACUAUAUAUGGAGUAUGUAGGGUUCCGUCUGGGUAGUGUACUAUAUAUGGAGUAUGUAGGGUUCCGUCUGGGUAGUGUACUAUAUAUGGAGUAUGUAGGGUUCCGUCUGGGUAGUGUACUAUAUAUGGAGUAUGUAGGGUUCCGUCUGGGUAGUACUAUAUAUGGAGUAUGUAGGGUUCCGUCUGGGUAGUGUACUAUAUAUGGAGUAUGUAGGGUUCCGUCUGGGUAGUGUACUAUAUAUGGAGUAUGUAGGGUUCCGUCUGGGUAGUGUACUAUAUAUGGAGUAUGUAGGGUUCCGUCUGGGUAGUACUAUAUAUGGAGUAUGUAGGGUUCCGUCUGGGUAGUGUACUAUAUAUGGAGUAUGUAGGGUUCCGUCUGGGUAGUGUACUAUAUAUGGAGUAUGUAGGGUUCCGUCUGGGUAGUACUAUAUAUGGAGUAUGUAGGGUUCCGUCUGGGUAGUGUACUAUAUAUGGAGUAUGUAGGGUUCCGUCUGGGUAGUACUAUAUAUGGAGUAUGUAGGGUUCCGUCUGGGUAGUGUACUAUAUAUGGAGUACGUAGGGUUCCGUCUGGGUAGUGUACUAUAUAUGGAGUAUGUAGGGUUCCGUCUGGGUAGUGUACUAUAUAUGGAGUAUGUAGGGUUCCCUCUGGGUAGUGUACUAUAUAUGGAGUAUGUAGGGUUCCCUCUGGGUAGUGUACUAUAUAUGAAGUAUGUAGGGUUCCCUCUGGGUAGUGUACUAUAUAUGGAGUAUGUAGGGUUCCGUCUGGGUAGUGUACUAUAUAUGGAGUAUGUAGGGUUCCGUCUGGGUAGUGUACUAUAUAUGGAGUAUGUAGGGUUCCGUCUGGGUAGUGUACUAUAUAUGGAGUAUGUAGGGUUCCGUCUGGGUAGUGUACUAUAUAUGGAGUAUGUAGGGUUCCGUCUGGGUAGUGUACUAUAUAUGGAGUAUGUAGGGUUCCGUCUGGGUAGUGUACUAUAUAUGGAGUAUGUAGGGUUCCGUCUGGGUAGUGUACUAUAUAUGGAGUAUGUAGGGUACUGUGGCUAUUUGAUCAUAAUGUUGGACUACCAGUGUGGCCUACCAUCAAAAACAAUAGAGAAAAUGCAUCCUAUAACAUUUUAUCAUGGAAAUAGCUGUUCUAUCAUUCAGCCUACAGUAGCAGCCAAUGUGUGGUGUUCAAUGUAGGCCCACAUUCCAUGAGACUUUUGAUAAAAACAUGCAGGUCUUGACAUAAUAAUAACCCUAACCCAUUUAGCAGACAUGAACCUGUCCACUCAGAGAAGGAGGUGACUGAAUGUUGUUGUGGUGUUUGAUGCAAGAAACCACUUUACAAAAUAAAAUGCAUUAUUAUUCCCAUAGAAUUAUUACAGAGAAUCAGAAAAAUUAUGCUACCCUCGGCCUAUUGGCUACUUAUUCAAACCUAUCUCAAAAUACAACACUGCCCCUUUAAGACAAAAAAAAACUCUUUACCCAACUCUCUUUUCAAAGAGGCCACGCAGUCAUGGGUGAACAGGGAGUACAGGAGGGGGCAGAGCAUGCACCCUUGUGGGGCCCCAGUGUUUAGGAUCAGCGAAGUGGAGGUGUUGUUUCCUACCUUCACCACCUGGGGGCGGCCCGUCAGGAAGUCCAGGACCCAGUUGCACAGGGCGGGGUUCAGACCCAGGGCCCCAAGCUUAAUGAUGAGCUUGGAGGGUACUAUGGUGUUGAAGGCUGAGCUAUAGUCAAGGAACAGCAUUCUUACAUAGGUAUUCCUCUUGUCCAGAUGGGAUAGGGCAGUGGGCAGUGCGAUGGCGAUCGCAUCGUCUGUGGAUCUAUUGGGGCGGUAUGCAAAUCAUGCUUGGGUGGGGACAAGUCACUGAGGUUUAGAAUGAAAUGGUGAACAUUCUAAACACAUUCUUCAUACAGACAGACAGAGAAGUGGUUAUAUUAGGGUUAGAGACAGACAGAGAGAAGUGGUUAUAUUAGGGUUAGAGACAGACAGAGAGAAGUGGUUAUAUUAGGGUUAGAGACAGACAGAGAGAAGUGGUUAUAUUAGGGUUAGAGACAGACAGAGAAGUGGUUAUAUUAGGGUUAGAGACAGACAGAGAAGUGGUUAUAUUAGGGUUAGAGACAGACAGAGAGAAGUGGUUAUAUUAGGGUUAGAGACAGACAGAGAGAAGUGGUUAUAUUAGGGUUAGAGACAGACAGAGAGAAGUGGUUAUAUUAGGGUUAGAGACAGACAGAGAAGUGGUUAUAUUAGGGUUAGAGACAGACAGAGAAGUGGUUAUAUUAGGGUUAGAGACAGACGGAGAAGUGGUUAUAUUAGGGUUAGAGACAGACAGAGAAGUGGUUAUAUUAGGGUUAGAGACAGACAGAGAGAAGUGGUUAUAUUAGGGUUAGAGACAGACAGAGAAGUGGUUAUAUUAGGGUUAGAGACAGACAGAGAGAAGUGGUUAUAUUAGGGUUAGAGACAGACAGAGAAGUGGUUAUAUUAGGGUUAGAGACAGACAGAGAAGUGGUUAUAUUAGGGUUAGAGACAGACAGAGAGAAGUGGUUAUAUUAGGGUUAGAGACAGACAGAGAAGUGGUUAUAUUAGGGUUAGAGACAGACAGAGAAGUGGUUAUAUUAGGGUUAGAGACAGACAGAGAGAAGUGGUUAUAUUAGGGUUAGAGACAGACAGAGAAGUGGUAUAUUAGGGUUAGAGACAGACAGAGAAGUGGUUAUACAGACAGAGAGAGAAGUGGUUAUAUUAGGGUUAGAGACAGACAGAGAGAAGUGGUUAUAUUAGGGUUAGAGACAGACAGAGAGAAGUGGUUAUAUUAGGGUUAGAGACAGACAGAGAGAAGUGGUUAUAUUAGGGUUAGAGACAGACAGAGAGUAGUGGUUAUAUUAGGGUUAGAGACAGACAGAGAAGUGGUUAUAUUAGGGUUAGAGACAGACAGGGAGAAGUGGUUAUAUUAGGGUUAGAGACAGACAGAGAGAAGUGGUUAUAUUAGGGUUAGAGACAGACAGAGAGAAGUGGUUAUAUUAGGGUUAGAGACAGACAGAGAGAAGUGGUUAUAUUAGGGUUAGAGACAGACAGAGAGAAGUGGUUAUAUUAGGGUUAGAGACAGACAGAGAAGUGGUUAUAUUAGGGUUAGAGACAGACAGAGAGAAGUGGUUAUAUUAGGGUUAGAGACAGACACUUUGUGCUCAAUUGGAAGAGGACAUGACCAUUUAUUAUCUAACACCUCUCCCACCAUACCCUCCUCCCAUACCCUCCCCACCAUAUCCUCCCCACCAUAUCCUCCUCCCAUAUCCUCCCCCCAUACCCUCCUCCCAUAUCCUCCCCCCAUAUCCUCCCACCAUACCCUCCCACCAUACCCUCCCACCAUACCCUCCUCCCAUACCCUCCUCCCAUACCCUCCUCCCAUACCCUCCCCACCAUAUCCUCCCACCAUACC